AUGGCUGCUGCCCUGGCCUUGCGUCUGCCCUCGUUGUGGAGGGCAGCAACAGAACUUCAUACCUAUCCGCGUAUAUUGCAAGAGCGUACGACAGCCGGAAAUUUGGUUCUUAAGCUUAACGAGGAGAUAACGCUCAAUCUUGAAAGGAGCACCGUACUGGCUGACAAUCUCGUCUUCGUUACAAAUAGCAACGGUAUAAACGAGGUGGAAACGAUACAGACAUCUCAUAUUCAAGAAACUAUAUACCAUGACACACAUUACCAAGCCUCUGUGACUGUACGACAGAAGGAUGGCAACGUGGAAGUCGAAGGUAUCAUCAAUGACAACCUGAGAAUUAAGCCUCUCCCUGAAGGCGAACGUUCACUUCAAGGUCAGAUGCUGCACAAGAUAUACGAAGUAGAUGUGAUAAAAGAAAAUUUCAUCAGUGCGGCUCCCCCGAAGACAGAAGCACCUGGAUCGGCCGUUGAAAAGUUUGCCGUGGAACUUCACAUAAUUUCCGACAAAGAGCACCAACAGAGCUAUAAGAAAAAUGAAGAGUUAGUCAGUUACUUGGCAGUCAUGGCAAAUGCGGUGAACUUAAGGUACCUGGACAUGGACCACCCUAAAAUAAAUUUCCUUCUCGUUGGAAUAACACGGGCUAGGGAUCACGAUUUCGGUAAAAUUGACAAUGGUAAGAUUGAGGGGACAGAGAUGCUCAAGAACCUACAGACUUACAAAGAUGAAGGAAAAAUAGCAGGGAGUUAUGACGUCAUUUACCUGAUGACCGGGCUUGACAUGUACAGGUUGGAUAAAGGAAAAGUCGAGACUGGUGCUUCGGGAUAUGCAUUAGUUGGACAAACUUGCCGCAAACAAGGAGUCGGCGAGGGGGAAGACACGGCCCUUACCUACAGCGGAGUCAAAACGCUAGCCCACGAGCUAGCCCAUUCGCUAGGAUCGCCGCAUGACGAAACUCCGGAGUGCCCGUGGUCCGAAGGAUAUCUGAUGAGUUACGUGGAUGGAGGGCUGAAGAAGUACAAGCUUUCCCGUUGCAGCCAAGCGAAGAUUCGAGAAUAUGUGCAAAAACUUCCGCAAGAUUGCAUUAAAGUCCAGAGCGAGAAGAACUACUCGAGCGGCCAGAAGAAGUUUCCAGGACAGACAAUACGAAAGGUGUAUUACUGCAAGAAGAUGUUAAACCAAAAGGCAAAAGGAAGAAAAAUCAUCGAUAAAAUGAAUGGAAGUUGUAAACUUAAGUGCUGCUAUCGCCGUGAACGUUCUAUGACUUGCUGGGAAUUCCCUAUGCUGGAUGGUAUGGAGUGCGCGCCUGGCAAGACAUGCAAGCGAGGAAUUUGUGGAGAGCACGCGGGGCUCAGUUAAAAAAAAAAGUGCGGUUCCUGAUUCAGAAGUGAAAAUGGAGUUUUCUAGAUAAAAUAAAGAAGAUUCACUA